UGGGCCCAACUGCUAUGACGUACUAUUUCAGCGACAAGCUUGCUCUGCUAGUAUAGGUCAGUGUACAGGGUUUCUGUUGGAUAGCUGAUCAUGGCCUUCAGGGCAAUCCGGUUGGUUUUGCCAUCGGUGGCAACCGCUUUCAAAACCGCUCAAGUUGUUCAGAAGGAAUCUGUGCACAUGACUGCGGUGAGGUAUCUCAAGUAUGGCUGGUGGGCGUAUGCACUGGGUGAGAGGACCACGCCACGCUUGAAACAGUCCAGCAAGAUUAUUUCAGUGGACGGUAAUAUCGCAUCAGGCAAAGGAGCACUGGCACAGAAGCUGGCUGACAAGCUUGGGAUGCUUUACAUGCCCGAACCAGACACCUUCUAUUUGGACAAGAUGUCGGGGGAGAAGGAGACCCUCCCGGUCGAAUUCAAUGGGAUGUGCAGCCUAGAGAAGUUCUACAGGGACCCGAAAGCUGCCGACGGGAACAGUUACAGGUUGCAGUUGUGGAUGUACACCAUGCGCCUGCUGCACUACUCAGACGCCAUCGAACACUUGCUCACCACAGGUCAAGGUGUCGUCGUGGAGCGUUCCCCCUUCAGCGACAUGGUUUUCCUGGACGCCAUGUUUAAACAGGGCUAUAUCAGGAAAGAGUGUGUGCAGCACUACAAUGAGAUCAAACACAUCAGCAUCUGCGAGUUCCUCCCUCCGCACCUCGUCAUUUAUAUGGACGUGCCUGCUGACGAGGUCCAGAAGAAGUUAACACAAAGCGGCAAGUCGUAUCUUCAGAAUGUGCCAUUGGCGUAUCUGAAAAGCAUCGAGGACAGCUACAAGAAGACUUUCCUCCCACAAAUCAGUGAAAAGUCUGAGCUGUUGAUGUAUGACGCGACCCAAGUGCAAGACGUGGAGAAGGUGGUGGAGGACAUUGAGUAUUUGAAGUUUGAGAAAGGCCCAUGGUUGGAACAGGACGACGUCACCUACCAUCACAUGAGAAUACUUGUUGAAGACAAACAGAUGGUGGCAUCGUUGACCCACAUACCUAGGUUUCUGCCGGAGAUCACCAUCGGGGCUCACGACUACGAUGAAAAAUACUACGCCUUUAAAUCGCUUCCUGGGAAGAAAUAUGCACAGGGUUAUAACGCAGAUGUCGGAGACAAAUACAUCUGGCUCAAGUGAGGAACACUUUCUGGGUCACCAGCGACCAAUCAUCUCGCAGUGUCAAAUGUUAGCAUAUUUUCUCCACUUGUAGGUCCCAUUAUGUAUUAAAAUAAUAAAUGUUCUCGAACACA